UCGACAUCCUCGUCCUUCUUCCCACUCCUUUUUCUCUUACACCUCCUCUCAUAUCUUGCUUUCAGCUGGCAAGAAUAGACACUUGGAAAGCUAUAUCGAUCUUCUUCCUCUUCUAUACAAUUUCAGGACCUCCAACGGAAUCUCCACGAUCUUCCACCAAAUGUUACCCAACCCUAGCCCCCAAUAUCUUGCAGAAAGCUAUUUCGUUGGAGAUGAGGAUCAGGAUAACUCUCCUUCCAUUCCCAAGGACUGCUACCCUUCCUUCUUUUCCUUCCCCUUAUCUCCGCCAAACUUUGACCAUGAACUCCUCACUGCCCAUCUCACAACAACCCAUAACUUGGAACCUCCAACAUUGUCUAUUCCAGAUCCAGCAGUAGACAUGGAUACGACCACAAAUGUGCCGCCUACGACGAGAAGCUCCAGCCGCCGUAAACGGCCCUUAAGGAAAGACAGGCAUAGCAAAAUAUUCACUGCACAAGGACUAAGGGAUAGGAGGAUGAGGCUGUCCCAAGAGGUCGCUAGUAAAUUCUUCAACCUCCAAGAUUUGCUAGGAUUUGACAAGGCUAGCCAAACUGUCGACUGGCUCCUCACCCAAUCCAAAUCUGCCAUCCAACAGCUCAUCGAUGCUUCACAACUUGAAAACAAUAGCAUCAAUCUUAGCAGCUUUGUACGUGAGUCAUCCACGUCGGAAUGCUUCUCUGCAAUCUCUAAUGACAAGCAAAAAUCCGCAGCAGCUUCUUCGAAGGCAAAAGAUAUUGGUCUGCAGCCUUUGAGCAUAGCCACAUUGGAUCGUACGCUGACAAAAGAGAUGAGAGCUAAGGCAAGAGCUAGGGCAAGGGAAAGAACUAGAGAGAAAAAGAGGAUUCCGAGCGGUAGGCAUGAGGAUAGCUGUAAAGAAGAUCAACCAUCCUCUAAAACUACUGAUGCGGUGAAGGAAGCAGUAUGCAUCAAUGGAGUGGAUCAGCUUAGCCCAGUGACAAUGGUGCCCUCUAGGUUGGUGUACAACAAUAACAACACCAUUAGCCUUCUAGACGAGCAACAUAAAUUUCCCAAGUAAUCUUGAGGAAGGUCUUCUCUUGGCUGACGUUCGAUUCCAAUCCAAGUCAGUUGAGGCCUGCAACACUCCUACUAUCUAAAAAUUGCGUCCAUCUUUACUUUUACAAAGUUGUGUUUGGUUUAAAUUUUUGUGGAAUAAUGAAAUAUUUUCACAUAAUAAUAAUUUUUCUUC